GCGGCGGCGCGAUGGUGUGGGCCUGCCGGGGAGUUGCGGGCUCAGGGUUUGAACCUGCCAACUUCUCCAGCCCGCAGGGGUGAGCGCCGGGGCGGCGGCAAGGGCGAGUGAGUGCGGCGGCGUGGGGCGGAGGCAGGCGCCCGGGCCGCUCGGGAUUGGGCCGCCGACCAGACCACCUGCCACCCGGGGAGGGUCCCGGUGGCGAGAUCGGGGUGGGGUGGUGGGGUGCCCCGGGAACCCUGGACCCAACUGGGGCAGAGGGCACUGGACCGGGCCGGACUCAGGCAUUCAGGAGGCGGGCGAGCCCAGGUUGCUGAGAGGCCGCAGGAAGGUUUGCUAGACGAGAGGCGGGGGCGAGGGCGAGGGCGUGUGCGAACCCUUCCCCAUGCGCCCACUCCCCUACCCUACCAGGAAAGGGGGCUCGAAGCCCAAGAUGCCUUCUUCCCCCAUCUUGGACAUCUUUUCGCCGCACUCUCUGGCAGGAUCCUGAGGGCGAGUAUUGUAGCUUCUGGGGCUAGACACCCUCCCCGCCAACUCGUCCAUCUGGAGCCCGCUUGCCCCAGCCCCUUCUGCGCGGGAGGGGGUAGCAGAGAGCGGCGGAAGCAGGCUUUCCUUAGGGAAUCUGCAAACCUAACCCCACUGCCUGAUUGCUGUAAACACGACACCCGUGGGGGAGUGCAGUGGGCAAAAAGCUCCUCCUCCCAGGCCCCACCCCACUGAACCCACAGUCCUCAUUGCCGGUCUCUUUCCUGGUUCCCACCCGCGCCAGGUGAUACGGGGAGCUGAAACCAUGGUUCAGCAGGUGCUGUACCGGGCGCUGGUCUCCACCAAGUGGCUGGCGGAGUCCGUCCGGGCUGGCAGGCUGGGCCCUGGCCUUCGAGUGCUGGACGCCUCCUGGUACUCGCCGGGCACCCGCGAGGCCCGCAAGGAAUACCUAGAGCGCCAUGUGCCCGGCGCCUCCUUCUUUGACAUAGAGGAGUGCCGGGACAGAGCGUCGCCCUACGAGAUGAUGCUGCCCAGCAAGGCGGGCUUCGCCGACUACGUGGGCAGCCUGGGCAUCAGCAACGACACGCACGUGGUGGUGUACGAUGGUGACCACUUGGGCAGCUUCUAUGCGCCGCGGGUCUGGUGGAUGUUCCGCGUGUUUGGCCACCGCACCGUAUCCGUGCUCAAUGGUGGCUUCCGGAACUGGCUGAAGGAGGGCCACCCGGUGACAUCGGAGCCCUCACGCCCAGAGCCAGCUGUCUUCAAAGCCACACUGGACCGCUCCCUGCUCAAGACCUACGAGCAGGUGCUGGAGAACCUCGAAUCGAAGAGGUUCCAGCUGGUGGAUUCACGGGCCCAAGGGCGGUACCUGGGCACGCAGCCGGAGCCAGAUGCAGUAGGACUGGACUCGGGCCACAUCCGAGGCUCAGUCAACAUGCCCUUCAUGGACUUCCUGAUGGAGGAUGGCUUCGAGAAGAGCCCGGAGGAGCUCCGUGCCAUGUUCGAGGCCAAGAAGGUGGACCUCGCAAAGCCCAUCAUCGCCACAUGCCGAAAGGGUGUCACUGCCUGCCACAUCGCCCUGGCCGCCUACCUCUGUGGCAAGCCCGAUGUGGCCAUCUAUGACGGCUCCUGGUUCGAGUGGUUCCACCGGGCCCCCCCGGAGACCCGGGUGUCCCAGGGGAAAGGCGGGAAGGCGUGAGCAGUGGCCUCUCCUACCCUCGCCUACAACUCCUGCCAGUGGAGUGACCCCAGCGUGGCCCACAGCUGGUCCAUGCCUCAUCGGCUAAGGAGAUGAACAAGUUUUUAGAGUUAAUGGGUAGAGCGCUCCUUUUCCCAACAACACUGGAAUAAAACUGGCCUUUUCCGAGUA